AAGCUGAGUACAAGAGUGUGCUUACGUACUUGUGAGUCACCAGGUCUGCAGUGCCUGGCCUGAGGCUGCCCUGGGGCGUGAGUGAGCCAGCCCUGGCUGUCCCAGCCCAGUCUGAGUCAGCUGGGAAAGAUGUCCUGGACUGGGCAAGACCAGAGCCAGCAGCCCUCUCCCUGCCUCGGGUGAAUCAGCUGUGACUUUAUUUGCAUCCUAGAACCCUGGAGCGUCAUAUCCUCAAGCCUGUGUGGUUCUGCAUUCAGGCAGCUCGAUGCUGAAUUCUCUCUUUUCGACCUGCUACUUGUAUCAGAAGGAAAUUCCCAGUUUCCUCUUUUGUAAAAUGAGGUUAAAGACAUGCCUUUGGUGAUCCGAGAGACCGAAGUCAUCGACCCCCAAGACCUAGAAGGCCGAUACUUUUCUGGGGCCCUACCAGAUGACGAGGAUGUUGGGGGGCCUGGGCAGGAACCUGAUGAUUUUGAGCUGUCUGGCUCUGGAGAUCUGGAUGACUCAGAGGACCCCCAGAUCUUCCCCGAAGUAAUCCAUCCUCUGGUGCCUCUCGAUAACUUUAUCCCUGAGAGGGCAGGGCCUGGGAGUUGGGUCCCCACCGAACCCAAGGAAUUGGAGGAGAACGAGGUCAUCCCAAAAAGGAUCUCAUCCUUUGAGGGGGACGAGGACGUGUCCAACAAGGUGUCCAUGUCCAGCACUGCGCAGGGCAGCAGCAUCUUUGAGAGGACAGAGGUUCUGGCAGCUCUGAUCGUGGGCAGCGGCGUGGGCAUCCUCUUCGCCGUUUUCCUGGUCCUGCUGCUGGUGUGCCGCAUGAAGAAGAAGGAUGAAGGCACCUAUGACCUGGGCAAGAAACCCAUCUACAAGAAAGCCCCUACCAACGAGUUCUAUGCCUGAAGCGCCCACCUGGGCACUGGCUUGGACCUCCAUGGGGAGGGAAGCCAAAGGAUUUGGAAGGGUGGACGUUAGGGUAGGGGGAGGGCAACCUAAUGCUGACCUGUCCGCAUCUCCAGCUCUGAUUAUGUUUCAAGCGUCAGAAGAGACAUCAUCUUCUGUUCCUGCCUGCCUCUUGUUGAUUCUCUGGGCCUCGGUUGUCCCGGCAGAAAAAUAGGGUUACACUUGGCCUUGCUGAAGGCAGGUCUGGGAUUGGAUCAUUUCUUAAUCUUACACUUAAAAUGUGGGCCCAGCUUACACCCUAUCCUGAACAUGCCUCACCCAGAGCCCCUCUGAAGCUGGGACAGGAGUCCUUCUGGGCCUCUGCCCCCAGCCAGCCUUCUCCCUCCCUCUUGUGAAAAGGAGCCAGGAGAAGGAACUAGAACCAUCUGCACCUUGACAUGUGUCCGUCACAGGGCACUUGUGAUCAUACUACAGGAGUCUGGUAUACCUUGGGCCAUUCUCGGCUCUUUCAAGUGACUUUCUGGAAAUCAACCUUUUUUAUUUGGGGGAGGGGAUGGGGAAGGAGGGAGGGUGGGAAGAAAAACUGAAAGUUCAUACUGAAAUGGAUAUGCAGAGUAUUUGCAAAUCUAUCUUAAGCGGGGUAUUUUUUUCUGAAUGGUUCAGUCCUUGGUGCAGAGCCUCUGCCUGGGCAAGAGUGUGCCCAUGCUGAGAUGUUCUCCGCUCUCUUGCACUUUCCACAGUAUCUGCUAAGUUUGUAUUUAAUGUUUUUUUUAUUUUUGUUUUUUGAAAAUGAGAGAAGAGACGGAGACACGAUUUUUAAUAAUUUUUAUUAAUUUUUUUUUUUUUUACUAUUUAUAGCUUCAGACAGGGCCUUCUUCCUCUUUUUCUUUAAAUAUCCUCCCCAUUUUUGGGGGCACCUGGGUGGCUCAGUUGGUUAAGCGACUGCCUUCGGCUCAGGUCAUGAUCCUGGAGUCCCGGGAUCGAGUCCCACAUCGGGCUCCCGGCUCAGCAGGGAGCCUGCUUCUCCCUCUGACCCUCCCCCCUCUCAUGUGCUCUCUCUCUCAAAUAAAUAAAAUUUUAAAAAAUAAAUAAAUAUCCUCCCCAUUUUUUUUUUUUUUAUACUUAACACUCCCUCAGCUCGUGACCUUGGCCCUUGCUGAAGCUGCUUCCUCUAAGAAGUAGCUUUUGCUGAAACAGUUUUCUAGCAGAUCCCAAAAUACAAUGUUAGGGGAUGGUGGGAAUAUUUGUAUCUCUUUUCUUGUAAUAUAUUAUUAUUCUUCCUUGGUUCUAGAAAAAUAGAUAAAUAUAUUUUUUCAGGAAAUAGUGUGGUAUGUCCCAUUUGAAGUUGGCUGGAUAGUUGAGUGAGUGGAAUUUUGUUUGGCUGAGUGGGUUUUUGCCUCUCUCUCUCUCUCUCCUCUCUCUGUUCCUGGUGCCUUCUCCUGAUUGGGCUGGAAUAGUUGAGGGUAGACAGUUCUACCUUCUUUCUAGCUUCUGCUUUGAGCCCAACCGGUGUUCCUUUGUUUGCUCUCUCCGAAUUUAUGAGAAAAUUGGAGAGCUGUGCUAUCCGCUGCGGUGGCCGCUGGCCACGUGCGGCUGUUCAAAUCCGUGAAAAUCACCCAGAGUUAAAAAUCCAUUCCUCAUUUACACUAACCACAUUUCAUGUGCUCAUUUGCCCAUGUGGUUCAUGGCUGCUACAGUGAACAUGCAGGUAGGGACCAUGUCCACCUGUUGAACCGCAGUGCUGGAGAACUAAACUGGCUUAACACGUCCCAGCCCCAGCCUUGCGGGGGUGACCUUGGUCUCUCUGGGCAAAGGGGGAGGGGGGCUGGGGGAGGACUGACUGGGCCCUGGCUUUGGAUCUUGUUAUUGGUGACCCUCCCCCGCCCCCCGCCCACAAAGAAGAGGCCUGGUGGCUUAGCCUGGGCAGGCUGCAUCUUCUCCUGACCCCACUGGUUGGGGUACGGGGGGAGUCACCCUUGCCUCCUGCACCCUUCACCGCCACAACCCAGGGUCCCAGCUGGCUGGGUCCUCUGCACUGCCCACCCCACCAACCCCUCUGCUCUCCCUCUGGCUGUGUUGGGAGUGAGCACCUCUUGUAGCCACCUCACACUGUUGUCUGUUACUUAAUUUUUUUUUUUUUUUUGAUAAGAAUAAAACCUGGUACUUUCUAGA